GACAUAAGUUCCCUAAAGACACUAAGGAAUCCUCAAGACCAAUCUUAACAGACACUGUGGCUACAUUCUUGCUGGUACAGUUGAAGAGUUCCCUCCUUCAGACACCUGUUUAAAGAGAUACUGGCACAAAAAUGCCUUGUGCUAGGCGGAGAAUCUGGCCCCAGGCAUGAAAAACGCUGUUAAGAUUUGAGAAUAAAAUGUAGUAAGAUUAAAGUUGCAAUGACUUCAUCGAGCUUGAGCUUGCAAAAACCCCAACAGAGCAGCUCUCCUGCAUGAUUUCUCACCCUCCCGCCCCCUCCCUGGCCCCUUCAUUAUAAUACCUGUGACUGGCUAUUAUAUCAGCAUUUCCAAUAAAGUAAAAAGGGGAAAAUACAGACCUGGGCUUUCAUGGAAAGUAUUCUAACUCACACAACUAGAAUAUCUGCCUUAAAAAAAAAUUAUGGUUUUUAGAUCUUUAACUUUUCCUACAGUAUCUCAGUACCCAAAUUUUGAAAAGCAUCUUUUCUGGGGAAUGAUAUUUCCUAGCACAGGGUAACAUAGUCUUUGCCAAGUGACUCAGUUCAAUGUAUAUAUGUAUUUUUCAAUGUCAAGUGGCCCAAACUUACAUAGAAGUAGUGGGCACCUGGUAUCAGUUUGAUGUCAGGGUUUUUCCAGGUUUGCAAGAGGGAGCUUUAAAUACGACUCGAUUUCAAGGCAACUACAAGCCACCCUGCAGCUCCAAGUCAAGAUGCUCCUGUCCGUGGUCCUUGCCUCUGCCCUGCUUCUCUGCUCUGUGGCCAGCCAGAGGUGUUCGACCUUGUCAGGGAUCCAUGAUGUCACGUACCUCAUUAACAAACUGCAGGAACAUCCACCUUCAAAAUGUGGCUGUGGCACCAACGUGACCGAUUGUUUGUGUCUGCCCAUUCCUUCUGACGACUGCACCACACCGUGCUUCCAGGAAGGGCUGUCCCAGAUGACCAACUCCACGGUGCAAACAAGUUUCCCCCUUAUUUUCAACCGACUAAGAAGAACCGUCAAAGACCUAAAGAGCAGCAAGUGCCAGUUUUUUUCCUGUGAACAGCCGUGUAACCAAACUGCAACAGGCAACACGCUGACGUUCCUGAAGAGUCUCCAGGAAAUUUUACAGAAAGAAAGGGUGAAAGGCACAGUAUGAAGAUGAAAUAUUAUUUAUGCUAUUUAUUGAAUUAAAAAGCCUCUUCUUUGAGUUGGGGCAGGUAAAAACAUUAAG